AUGUUGAGUUACGUGUGGCAUGCGGCCGUAGUAGCGUUUAUUUUUUGUUUGUUGCCAAACGUAAAUGCCCGCAGUGCCACUCAAAAUAAUGUCGCCCAACAACAACAGCGGCAACAUCAAGAACAAGACCAACAACAACAACAGUAUGCGAGCAGUAUUGCUGCCGAGACAACAGAAAACGAUGAAAACCCAUCCCAUGACGUCAUCGAUAACUCGGCGAGUACGGCAAAUGUCUGGAAAGAUCUCUCUUUGGUUUACCGAUUGUAUCAGCAAUGUUCGGGAGAGAAUUUGUCCGUAUGCCUGAAAGUGAAAUUACUGACGGGACUGGAGAAAGCUUUACGCUCUGCGCGAAAUUUAAAACUAAUCGAAGGCAUACAGUUUGUUAGAAGCAAAAGCGACGACACGGAAACAAAAAUUAAACCAAUAUUAAAUGAAAAGGAUAUAGAGGCGAUAUUGCCGCGUGCCUUAGAAGCUAAAGAGCAAACACUGAAUAACAUGAUAUUUAAGAGGCUGGCAAAUUUCUUGCAAGACCACACCUUGCAGAUCAAAUUCCCAGACAUACGGCCCGAAGAUGAUAAUAGCAACAGUGUGGAGAGUCGUAAAAAGAAAGAUAAAAAGGGCGGCGGCGGCGCCUACAUAAUGAUUCCUUUGCUAUUGGGCGGAACAUUCGUACCUAUUGCUUACGGGGCCUUAGCAAUGUUAGCGGGCAAGGCCUUAAUCGUGUCCAAACUGGCUUUGGUGUUAGCCUCGAUAAUUGGCAUUAAAAAACUGCUGAGUGGUGGUGGGAAGGAAUCGUCACAUGAAGUAGUCGUCUCGGGUGGCCAUUCCGGCUGGGGGAGAGAUUUGGAUUUAGCCUACAAUGCUUGGAAGCCGAAUAAAGAUAAAAAUCAAUAA